AUGAAUAUAAUCCUGGGAACAGCAAAAGGGUUAGCGUACCUUCAUGAGGGGCUUGAACCUAAAGUUGUUCACCGUGAUAUUAAAUCAAGCAACAUCCUUCUUGACAAGCGUUGGAAACCCAAGGUUUCGGACUUCGGCCCAGCCAAGCUCUUGGGAUCUGACAGCAGCUACAUUACAACUCGAGUUAUGGGAACAUUUGGUUAUGUAGCUCCUGAAUAUGCUAGCACUGGUAUGCUGAAUGAAAGAAGUGAUAUGUAUAGCUUUGGGAUUCUUAUUAUGGAAAUAAUUACCGGGAGGAAUCCGGCUGAUUAUAGCCGGCCUCCAGAAGAGGUGAACUUAAUUGAAUGGCUUAAGAAGAUGGUUGCUAACAGGAAUCCAGAGGGAGUGUAUUGGAUCCCAAGCUACCUGAAAAAACCUACUUCAAGAGCAUUGAAGCGAGCUCUACUUGUAGCUUUAAGAUGUGUAGACUCAAAUCCGCAAAAGCGACCAAAUAUGGCACAUGUCAUACACAUGCUUGAAGCUGAAGAAUCCCCCUCCAAAGAUGAUAAUACUAGAGCCGGAAGGGAUGCAGGACACUACAUUGUGACAGCACUAAGAAUGAAUCGGCAGAGAAAAUGGUGGCAGACUCGGAUCACCAUGAAGUUGCAGUACAUGCUGAUGGUGCAUAAUCAUGCUUUCGUGAUACCAUGAAUGCGAAGAAGAAAAGCAUCGGCUAUAAUCCGAAGUUGUUUGAGGUGAAUUGCACAUUCUUGGUUUCUUGUUUAACAUCUUGGAAUGCCAAUUACAUGAUCCCUUUCGUUUUUUUUUGGGUAAAUUAUCAUUAUA